UUUGGGUGAAAGAGGAGGAGGAAGAGGAGAAGGAAGAGGAGGAGUGGAUUGAAUGGUGGACACCUUGCGGUGACAGAUCGAAGAGGACCCGGACAGGCAUUUGCAGCAAUGGAGCUGAUUAUGCUAUCAGGAGGUAUUCUGGUUCUCCCUGUCCUCGCCUUCAUCACCUCCUUCCUGUUCUGGCCUGGAGUGCUCGUCAACGUCUACAACUGGUACUGGCGGCGCAGUCUGGGCCUGGUGGUCCGCUACUCCCAGAGUGGAUGUUACCGCUUCUGUUAUUGUAGCCGCGGGACGCCAAAUGGCACCACGCCAUCACUGCUGCUGCUGCACGGCUUCUCCGCCACCAAGGACAUGUGGCUGCCUGUCAUUAAGUAUCUCCCCAAAAGCCUGCAUGUGGUGUGUGUGGACAUGCCGGGACACGGGGGGACGAGUCGCACCUGUGCAGAUGACUACAGCAUUCAGGGACAGGUCACCCGAAUCCACCAGUUUGUGCAGAGCAUCGGUCUGGACAAAAGACCCUUCCACCUGGUCGGGACAUCGAUGGGUGGGAAUGUCGCUGGAGUGUACGCCGCCCAUUACCCGACAAAUCUGUCCAGCGUCACCUUGGUCUGUCCGGCAGGUCUGGUUUAUCCCACAGACUCUGAGUUCAUCAGUCGCCUGAGGGAGAUUGAGAAGACUCAGCAGGAUGACUCGAUCCCUCUGAUCCCCUCAACUCCUCAGGAGCUGGAGGACAUGUUGAGACUCUGCUGCUACACCCCCCUCAACCUCCCCCGACAGGUCCUGCGAGGUCUUCUUGCCAACAGGAUCCCCAAUAAUGGUUUCUAUAAAGAACUGUUCAUGGAGAUUAUCGGGGAAAAGUCUCGUCACUCGCUGCAGGAAAACUUACAUCUGAUCAAAUCACCCAUCCAAGUCAUCUGGGGGAAGGAGGACCAGGUAGUGGAUGUGUCGGGGGCAACAGUGGUGCAGGCAGCGCUGCCAAACUGUCAGGUGGCAGUGUUGGAAAACUGUGGUCACUCUGUGGCGUUGGAGCGGCCGAGGAAGGCUGCCUCGCUCAUCAUGAACUUCAUGUCUGCACAGGCAGUCAAUGGUGAAAGCUCUAAGAAACUUUCAUGAAGAAAACUUUUGAUCUGUUUGACAUCAUGAUGGAGGAUGAAGGCAAGGAGCAUGAAGAUUAUGAUGAUGAUGAUGAUGAUGAUGAUGAUGUAAACAGUGAAGGAAAUUACAUUGAUUGUGGUGAUGACAAUCUUUUAUAGGUCGAUAGAGUUUAUUUUUACCAGAGCUUACUUCAUUGAAAAUUGAUUCAAAGCACAAAGUGGGACAGGAAGUCAGAUGUCCCUGAAGUUUUUAGACACAUGGCACCCUGCAGGAGGCUGUGGUCUCUGUUUUUGAUGUUAAUGUUGAAUGAAAACAUUCCACGUUGGGAUUGUUGCACAUUUCUCUCUUUGAAAAAAAAAAACUGUAUUUCAGUCUCUUAUUUCAUGUGACUACAGGCGUUUGUGUGUGAAGUGUCCUGCUGUGAAUUAACUGCAUAUUUAAGUUCAUAAAAACACAUGCAGAAUGAAAUAAGGAAUAAAUCAUGUACUGUAGGUGAAUGAGCACCUGUAACUGUGACACAGAGACUGUUUAUGGACUGCAGAAAUAAAUCUUAUACAGAAAUAAA